CUUUUAUAUGAGGGUGAUAAAAUACUUUAGAUGUUUUUUAUAAAGCAAUGCAACACCUUUGCGUAAAAUUUAUAAAUAAAUCAAUUGCCAAAGGUGGAACUUUUAAUUUGGACUUCUAAUUGCAUGCAAUGGGAGACAAAAAAGGGGGUUACAAAUGGAAAAGGGGAAGGAAUGUUUAAAUGGAGGGAGGAUAGCUGGCCAAAAAGCAAGAAAAUUGGUGAAGAAAAAAGAUCAGAUUUCUCCUCCAACUUCUCCAUUUCCGACGAGCGGCGAGCGGCGGCACUCAUCUUAGUGGAUUUUUCCAGUCAAAAUAGACAAGGUGGCCGGAGCGAGGCAACACAUAAUCCGGCGGUAGGAGUGGAUGAGGCGGCGAUGCCGGUAAGUGGUGGCAACGGAGAUGGCGGCGACGAUGACCGGCGGCAACAGAGAUAGUGAUGCCGGCGACCGGCAACAACAGAGAUGACUGGCGGCGACAUUGGCAAAGAUGGCAUGUGGCAGACCGGUGAUAUCCGGUGACAGCGGGGACCGGCAGCGAUGAUGUCCGGCGGCGGCAGGUCUAGGUGAUGUUGAAGUUGGCGUUAACUUGUGGUGCGCAUGAACUUUCGUGUUGUAUAUGCUUUUAUUUAUUAUUCUAUUUUGUAAUUUAUCAUUCAAUAAACAUGUAGCCUUUUCAUUAAGGGUAGUUUUGUCCAUUCAUCUAUUUUUUACUCCUAU